AUGUUUUAAGAAGAAGAAGAUGUAAAUAUGAAAUUCCAAGGCAUAUAAAAAUAAUUCGAUAAGUAUAUAUAUGAAUUUCAUAUAGAUUAUAAUUUGGAUUGAAAAUUAUAUCUGAUAAACAUUCAAAAUAAAUAGAAGAAAAUACCUUAAAAAUUUAAGAAUUAGAAUAAAAGAUUAAUCAGUUAAUAUUUUAUAAUAAUAUUAGACUACAAUUAGACAAUGAAAAAAAAUAAUAAAAUAUCGAUAAUUUAAUGAUUGAAUAAUAAAAGUAUUUAGAGAAAAUAUGAAUCUAGAUUAAUGAGUGAUCUUAAAAAAAUUUGGAAUCAUAUGAGUAAGAUAUUGAAAACACAAAGAAUUGAUUCACAAAUGACUUCAACUCUCUAAAUUGAUUCAGACCAAUUUUCAAAACUGUAUGUUUAUAUACAAAUUUAGUUAAUUAGAUUUACCUUAGUAAACUAAAUAAAUCAUUCAAUAAGAAAUAUAAAAUAGAUUUGUUCAAAUUAAAGAAGUUUUUCUGAAAAAGUCUGAAUUUGAUGAAUAUAACCAAAUAAUUGAAGAAAAAUUAGAAACACUUAAAUAAAAAUUGUAUAAAAUUUAUCUUAAAUUAUAGAUUGUCUCAACCAGAAUUGUAAUAAAAUAAUAAAAGAGAUUCUUAUUAAUAAAGUACCAACUCCUAAUUUCAAUUCCAACCUCUUUCUUAAUUAAAAGGCAAUAAUUUAACAAUAAAACAGUAUUUAUUAUUUUAUAAAAAUAAAAAGAUAAUAAGAAAAAAAAGAAUAAGUUAUGAUAUUAAACACAUAAUUUGA